UCUGAGUGUGUGUGUGUUAUUCCAUGCCACAGAUGCUAUGUUAUAUAAACCCUUGUUGGCAUUCCAAACUUGAUAAACUUAAUUCAAGUGUUUGAUAACAAGUCUUAAUUUCACUUCCAAAAAUGCAUAGACGGCUUGCUAGUAUGAGAAAGUCCCUUCUGGAUCAGGGCUUUCUUGAUGAACAGUUUAUUCAGCUGGAGGAGUUGCAGGAUGAUAGUAACCCUAAUUUUGUGGAAGAAAUUGCUGCAUCAUACUAUCGUGAUUCAGCCCGACAAAUGUUGAAUAUAGAUCAAGCACUGGAUAAGUACCCUCUUGAUUUCGCAAAGUUGGACAAUCUAAUGCACCAAUUCAGGGGAAGUAGCUCAAGCAUUGGUGCUAAGAAGGUGAAGAAUGAGAGCACACAAUUUCAAGAACACUGCCGGACUGGAAAUGCAGAAGGAUGCAGGAGGACUUACAGACAACUCAAGAAAGAAUAUGCAACACUUAAAAAGAAGCUUGAAGCUUAUUUCCAGUUGGCAAGGCAAGCCGGGCCUCUGGAGACAGCAAGCCGGCCUAAAUAAAGAACUAACCCGAACAAAACUGUAUUAAGCCUUUCCCCCAAGCUGUUUUCUAGUCACUAAUAAAACUGUGGGGAAAUUAAAUGUAUAAUUUUAUGUGAUUGAUAGUAUGAAAUAUUAUUACCUCUUUCUAGCUUUGCUCAUUGAUCAUGGUUAGACCUUCUGGUUUAAUUUGUGUUAAAAUUGCCCCGCGCUGGCUAUGAAUGGUUCUUCCCCUGACCAUAGCCAUUAGCCAUGACGAUGCUCAACAGAACGAAAGCCCCCUUGUUUCUGCAGAC